GCCUAGCGAUGCCCAGCAUCAUUUGUAUACGCGGCGUGCGUGUUAUUAAGGUUAGAUAGAAAAAUUCAUUUUAAACAUGGUUCUUAAAAAGAUGGAUAAUCGUAUUCGAGUUUUACUCGAAAAUGGUGUUGCGACUGGACACCGAACGAUGUUUAUCGUUAUUGGAGAAAAAGCAAGAGACCAAGUUGUUUUACUUCAUCAUAUGUUAUCGAAAAGCAUCAUAAGAGCUAGACCAUCUGUUCUUUGGUGUUACAAAAAGGAAUUGGGGUUCAGUAAUCACAGAAAGAAGAAAAUGAAGUCCUUACAAAGAAAAGUUAGAUCUGGGAAGUUGGAUGUUAACGAGGAUGAUCCAUUCGAAUCAUUCGUUGUAUCCACUAAUAUACGUUAUUGCUACUAUAAUGAAACCCAUAAGAUAUUAGGAAAUACUUAUGGCAUGUGUGUUUUACAAGACUUUGAAGCAAUUACACCAAAUUUGUUAGCACGUACUAUCGAAACUGUAGAAGGAGGAGGUAUUAUCAUAUUCCUUCUACAGUCUGUAAAUUCACUGAAGCAGCUGUACACAAUAAAUAUGGAUGUACAUCAAAGGUUCCGCACAGAAGCACAUCGAGAUAUUGUAGGUCGCUUUAAUGAAAGGUUCCUCCUGUCUUUAGCAUCAUGUAAAAGAUGCCUAGUUGUCGAUGAUCAAUUAAAUGUAUUACCUUUAUCAUCGCACAAUUUGAAAAUUGAAGCUGUCCAAAAAUUGACUACUUCUGGAGAACAUGUAGAAUUGGAUGCACUAAAAGAAAAUUUAAAAGACACACAACCCAUUUCUUCUCUUGUUAAUUGUUGCAAAACAAUUGAUCAGGCUAAAGCACUUCUUAAAUUCAUUGAAUGUAUAUCAGAGAAAACAUUAAGAUCUACUGUUUCUUUAACUGCUGCUAGAGGACGUGGAAAAUCUGCAGCAUUGGGUUUAGCUAUUGCUGGUGCCAUAACAUUUGGUUAUUCAAACAUUUAUAUUUCUAGUCCAAGUCCGGAGAAUUUAAAUACCCUAUUUCAGUUCAUUUUUAAAGGCUUUGAUGCACUUGGAUAUCAAGAACAUCUUGAUUAUGGACUAGUACAAUCAACAAACCCUGAAUUUAAUAAAGCUACUGUCCGUGUAAAUGUUUUCCGGGACCACAGGCAAACAGUUCAGUACAUUCAUCCAACUGAUGCGCAUAAAUUAGCUCAAGCUGAACUACUUGUAAUUGAUGAGGCUGCUGCAAUACCUCUCCCUUAUGUGAAAGCUAUGCUUGGUCCUUAUUUAGUAUUUCUUGCGUCAACUAUCAAUGGAUACGAGGGCACAGGUAGAUCGUUGUCACUGAAAUUAUUGCAUCAAUUACGUAGCCAAACGGUUGGUUCUAAUAAGCAUGAAAAACUUGAUAAGGAGCAGAACGAAAAAACCGUCAUUGGUAGACAACUUCAUGAACUUACACUCGAAGAAUCUAUCCGUUACAAACCAGGCGACUCAGUCGAGCAAUGGCUAUGUGAUUUAUUAUGCUUAAAUGCUAACACAAAUACACCAAUAUUAUCUGGAUGUCCACCUCCCGAUUUGUGUCAGUUAUAUUAUAUAAACAGAGAUUCUCUAUUUUCAUACCACAAAGCAUCCGAAUUAUUUUUACAAAGACUGGUGGCCCUCUACGUCGCUUCUCAUUACAAAAAUAGUCCGAAUGACUUGCAAAUGAUGUCUGAUGCUCCAGCGCAUCAUCUGUUUUGUCUUCUGGGUCCAGUUGACUCGAAUAAGAAAAUGUUGCCAGAGAUAUUAGUAGUAAUUCAAAUUUGCUUAGAAGGUGAAGUGAGUAAGAGCACCAUAAACGAUGGGCUCGUGCGGGGGCACAGGGCAGCCGGUGAUCUUAUACCUUGGACUAUAGCGCAACAAUAUCAAGAUCAAGAUUUUCCUUCAUUAGCGGGUGCGCGUAUCGUUCGCAUCGCGACACAUCCGGAUUAUCAUGGGAUGGGAUAUGGCAGUCGUGCAUUAGAAUUACUGAAGCAAUACUAUGAAAUGAAAAUACUUAAUAUCAAUGAAAAAUCUCCGAAAACGCCAACUAUAGAAAUCUCUAAAGUACAAGAUGAAGAAGUUAGUUUACUUGACGAGAGAAUUGAACCUCGAGCCUCCUUGCCGCCUCUACUUUUGAAGCUAAGUGAAAGACCUCCAGAAAGUCUGGAUUAUUUAGGUGUGUCUUUCGGUGUUACUGAACAGUUGUUGAAAUUUUGGAAACGGGCUAGUUUCGUGCCUGUUUACCUAAGGCAAACUGCGAACGAUAUUACAGGCGAGCAUUCUUGCAUAAUGUUGUAUAAACUCAGUUCCGAACAGGAGGAGGAUGUUAGGUGGUUGCAAGAUUAUUGGAACGAUUUUCGACGACGAUUUAUUACACUACUGUCUUUCUCAUUUAAUUCAUACCAAUCUUCAUUGGCAUUGAGCAUACUAAUGAAUAAAACAUUCUCUGCGGACAUCACUACCUUGAAGAAAGAAGCAUUGGAUGUACACUUUACUUCAUAUGAUUUAAAACGUUUAGCUAUGUAUAGUAAUAACAUGGCAGACUAUCAUUUGAUAAUGGAUCUGUUACCACCGCUAGCUCGUUUAUACUUUUUAAAUAUGAUGGGCGAUACUCAUUUAUCAACAGUACAAUCGGCUAUAUUAUUAGGAUUGGGCUUACAACAUAAAACUGUUGAUAAAUUGGCGGAAGAAUUGAAUUUACCAGCUUCACAAUUGCUUGGUCUGUUCAAUCGAAUUAUACGUAAAUGUAUACAGUAUUUAAAUGGUAUAUCCGAGAACUAUAUUGAAAAUACUAUGAUGAGGAAGGAACUUAAUGCUGAGAAUGUACAACUUAAUCCAGUAAUUGGGAAAAGCUUACACGAUGAAUUGGAAACUGCGGCUAAGCAAUUGAAAGCAAAACAAAGAACUGAAUUGGAAAAAUUGAAAAGGGAAAAUUUAGAUCAAUAUGCCAUUAAAGGUUCAGAAGUUGAUUGGAAAGACGCUCUUUCUGGAAAAAAGAGCAAAAGUCUCAUUUCAAUAAAAAGUAGUGAAAAAAAAAUAUCUGAAGAUGACAAUGUCUUAGAACUCCAAAAGAAGCAGUCUAAAAAAAGAAAACGACAUUCGUUUAAAACUUGACUGGUGUAAAGUAUUUUACUUUUAUUGUAAAUAAUAUAUAUUAAUAUAUGUAAAUAAAUAAUAUAUAAAUUAUUA